UCGCUGACGUUCGUUGGCCGGUUGUAGGCAUUUUCGCAGGACGCCGGGCAGCAUCAAAUAAACAACACAAGUUUUCCAGCAACGCUAAAAAUGAUCGAUAUUGGCCGCUGCUAUUACACCACGAUCCACUCGCAAACACUCUCCACCGAUGGACGCUUCCUGUUUUGUGGUAGCAAUUUCGGCGAAAUAUUUGUGUUCAGUGUGGAACGGAUAACGGCCUCUAGCAAUGGAACGGAAGCAACACCGAUGGAACUGGACAUACUGCCCACCAUCCCUGUGCAGACACUGCCCGUUACGGACCGGUGUCCGAUAUACAGCAUGGCGUUUCACAAAGAUUUCUUGAUCGUUGGACUGAACGGUGAAAUAUGCGGCUUUCAGUGGUCCAGCAAAUCGGGCUCGAUUGGGAAGAAGGCGUGGACGGUGAAGCUGCCUGCCCCUCCGGAAAGCGCAGACAUGAGCGAAGUAAACUACAUGUGGUUGACCCAUGGGGACGAUCGGCUGUAUGCCGGCUGUGGCGAUAACGUACUGUACUGCGUUUCGCUCGAGGAUGGAAGGGUUUGCCGGGAGUUUCAUGGACAUACGGACUACAUACACUGCGUCACGGGAUGUUCAAAUAAACUGGCAACUGCUUCCGAGGAUGGCUCGAUACUGCUAUGGGACAGCCGACAAAAGAAUUCCUACGCCAAAAUUGAACCUCACAAGAAACCAGCUUUACAGCGUUCCGAAUUUGGCCGCUGGCAGGGUACCGUCGCCAUGACGGAAGAUUGGCUUGUGUGUGGCGGUGGACCACGAUUUUCCCUAUGGCAUUUACGCUCACUCGACUGUACCGCUGAUUUCGAUUUCCCCGACCGGGUGCACGUGUCCGGGUUUGUCGAUGAUCUUAUCUAUGCCGGUGGCGAUUAUCCGAAGUUUUAUCAGUACAACUUUAACGGAGAUGUUACGGCCGAAAUACCAACCUCCGGCUCAUCGGUCUACAGUGUAGCGUUGCAGACGGAACCGUACCGGUUCCUGUCGAUUGCCGGCGCUUCGGCACAGGUCGAUGUGUGUACGAACUUUUCCUACCGGGACAUCAUUCUGAACACGUGCGUAAAGCCCAGAUAAGCCCAGUAAUGUCGGGUCCUUAGGGAGGUUGGGUGACGAGAUUGUUUAAUUGAAUCUGUUUAUUUUCAAUCAAAAAGCGUAUAAUGUACAAACACGCAAACUGUAGAGCGUGCAGCAGGAAAACUAAAUAAACUAAUCGGAAAAGUCACUCGAUA